AGGUGUUAAGGAAGUGCAAUGGAGCGUGUUUAAUGCUGAUUCAAGACAAAAUGAUAUUAGUGGGUUUGGAUCGUACUCAGAUUUUUUGACAGAAUUGGGAGAUGGUCCCAUGGAUUCAACUGGCAAAGUGAUGGACAACUUGAAUGGUGAUAUGAAGGUUGUGUCUAGCAAUGAAGCGUACGAAUCUGCUUAUUUGGAUAACUCGAAUAAUUAUGGGCAAUAUCAAGACGGUUACAGUCAUGAUGCGGCUGCAGAAAAGAGUUCAGAAGGACAGGGUCUGGAUAGCAGUCAGUAUUGGGAGAAUCAAUAUCCUGGGUGGAGGUAUGAUCUGAAUACUGGGCAAUGGUAUCAAUUGGAUGGUUAUCAUGCCACCGCAAACAUACAAGGGGGCAUUGAAUCCAAUUCAGCUGCAGAUUGGAAUGUCUCUGAUGGGAAAUCUGAGGUAUCUUAUUUGCAGCAAAGUGCACAUUCUGUUGCGGGGACAGUUGUUGGGGGUGGCACAAAUUGGAAUCAGGUUUCACAUGCCAGUGACGACUCCUAUAAGGUUCCAAAUUUGAAUCAGGAUUCACAAGCGAGUCACACUACUGGAAUUGUGUCCAAUUGGAAUCAGGUUUCACAAGACAAUAAUGGUUACCCAUCAUAUAUGGUUUUUGAUCCUCAGUACCCUGGUUGGUUUUAUGAUACAAUCGCCCAAGAAUGGCGCAGUCUGGACACAUAUACUUCAUCAACUCAAUCAAGUUUUCAAGCACAAGACCAAUCAAACCAAAAUGGAUUGGCAUCAACUGGUGAUUUUUCUCAUCGGAAUGAUCAGAAAACAUUCAACAAAUAUGAGCAUCUUGAUAACUAUGAGUCAGAUGGCUUUGGUAGCCAAGGCAAAGAUUACAACUGGGAUGGGUCUUCCAGUAAUAACAAUCAGCUGGGUUCGACAACUAUGUGGCAACCAAAGAUUGUUGCCAAGAAUGAGACUACUUCAGAAUCCAGUGCAAAGCAACAAUUACAGAAUCAUUAUGGCGCAAAUUUUUCUGUAAGCAAUCAUGUUGGUCAACAGAAAUUUCAUGUUUCUGGGGGAAUUGUUUCAUCGUUUGAGGGAGCUCAACAUGGGUAUGAUGACAUGGCAAUUUCUGAAUCACAUGGUUUUGUUUCUGGUGGGAACCUCAGUCAUCAGUCUAACCAAAGAGUUGAGGAAAAAGGGCACAUGCAUGUCUCAAAUGAUCACUAUGGCAAUCAAAACUCUGUGGACUUUUCCCAGCAAUCAUUUCAGGGUGUCCAUCAGUUUUCUUAUGCUCCUGUGGCGGGAAGGUCAUCUGCAGGCCGUCCUCUGCAUGCUUUGGUUACUUUUGGUUUUGGUGGGAAACUAAUUGUCAUGAAAGAUAAUAGCUCUCUUACAAACUCAUCCUAUGGAAGUCAGGAUCCUGUAGGAGGUUCAGUAUCUGUUCUCAACUUGAUGGAAGUUGUUGCUGAAAAAGUUGAUGCGUCAAGCAUUGGAGCGGGCGUCUGUGAUUACUUCCGCAUGCUCUGCCAGCAAUCCCUUCCUGGUCCACUUACUGGUGGGAAUGUUGGUAAUAAAGAGUUGAACAGAUGGAUUGACGAGAGGAUUGCAAACUGUGAGUCUCCUGAUUUGGAUUACAGGAAAGGCGAGGUUUUGAGGUUACUUCUUUCAUUGCUCAAAAUAGCUUGUCAGCAUUAUGGAAAAGUUCGUUCUCCUCUUGGAACUGACACCACAUUGAAGGAAAGUGAUUAUCCAGACUCAGCAGUUGCUAGACUUUUUGCAUCUGCCAAGGGGAGUGGUGAUCAAUCGAGUGAGUACGGUGCUCUUGCCCACUGCUUGCAGAAAUUGCCUUCUGAAGGACAAAUGCGGUCUACUGCUGCUGAGGUUCAAAGUCUUCUAGUUUCUGGUAGAAAGAAAGAGGCCUUACAGUGUGCACAAGAGGGUCAGUUGUGGGGGCCGGCACUUGUUCUUGCUGCACAACUUGGUGAUCAGUUCUAUGUUGAAACUGUCAAGCAAAUGGCACUUCGCCAACUAGUAGCAGGGUCGCCUUUGCGGACUUUAUGCCUACUAAUUGCUGGUCAACCAGCUGAUGUAUUUUCCACAGAAACGACAGCUGAUGGUGGCAUUCCUCGUGCCGUAAAUAUGCCUCAACAGCCUGCACUGUUCGGUGCUAGUGGUAUGCUUGAUGACUGGGAGGAGAAUUUGGCCGUGAUAACUGCAAACAGGACAAAAGAUGAUGAACUUGUUCUUAUUCAUCUCGGAGAUUGCUUGUGGAAAGAAAGAAGUGAUAUUGUUGCUGCGCACAUAUGCUACCUAGUUGCUGAAGCGAAUUUUGAGCCCUAUUCAAACAGCGCAAGAAUGUGUCUUCUGGGUGCAGAUCACUGGAAAUUCCCCCGAACAUAUGCUAGUCCAGAAGCUAUUCAGAGGACAGAGAUGUAUGAAUACUCAAAGGUUCUUGGUAACUCGCAGUUUAUCCUACUACCGUUUCAGCCAUAUAAGCUAGUAUAUGCACACAUGUUGGCUGAAGUGGGAAGGGUAUCAGAUUCGUUGAAGUACUGUCAAGCAGUAUUGAAGUCGUUGAAAGCUGGUCGAACACCCGAAGUGGAAUCAUUGAGACAAUUAGUGUCAUCUCUUGAGGAGAGAAUAAAAGCUCACCAACAGGGUGGAUUCUCGACAAACUUAGCUCCUACAAAAUUGGUUGGUAAAUUGCUCAACCUUUUUGAUAGUACUGCUCAUCGUGUUGUUGGAGGCCUACCACCACCUGUGCCAUCAACGUCUGUUGCUAGUGUACAAACUGUUGAAUAUCACCACCAAUCAGUGGGGCCUCGGGUAUCAACCAGUCAGUCAACUAUGGCAAUGUCAUCAUUAAUAACAUCAAAAUCUAGUGAAUGGGCAUCUAACGGCAAUAGAAUGACGAUGUAUAACAGAAGUGUUUCAGAGCCAGACUUUGGAAGAAGUCCCAGACAGGAUCAGGUUGAUUUGUCAAAAGAAGCAAACUCUGGUGAUGCACAAGGCAAAGCACCAGUUUCAAGGGUGACAUCUCGCCUUGGUCGUUUCGGUUUUGGCUCCCAGCUAUUUCAGAAGACUGUGGGGUUGGUCUUAAAACCCCGUCAGGACAAACAGGCAAAGUUGGGUGACACGAAUAAAUUUUAUUAUGAUGAGAAACUUAAGAGAUGGGUAGAGGAAGGUGUUGAUCCUCCAGCUGAGGAAGCAGUCCUUGCACCCCCACCAACUGUAACCUUCCAGAAUGGGAUGUUGGAUUACAACUUGAGGAGUGCGUUGAAAAGUGAAGGGUCUCUCAGCAACGGAAGUCCAGAAUUUACAAGCCCAACACCCCAGGAAUAUAGUUCAGGAAUCCCACCACUUCCGCCCACCACAAACCAAUUCUCAGCUCGUGGACGGAUGGGUGUUCGAUCAAGGUAUGUAGACACCUUCAACCAAGGUGGUGGGAACUCAACAAAUUUGUUCCAGUCCCCCUCUGUUCCUUUCAAUAAACCCUCUACUGGUGCCAAUCCGAAAUUUUUCAUUCCCACACCAGCAUCCUCUGUUGAGCAGGCAGUUGACUCUACUGCAGAUAGCAUGCGAGAAACUACAGUUACCGAUGAAUCAGUGUCCUCUAUGGACAUCUCAUUACAGUCUCCUGCACCUUUGUCAUCGACAACUAUGCAAAGGUUUGCAAGCAUGGACAACAUCUCUAACAACAUAAUGGGCGGCAAUGGCUCCCUUUCAUCUCAAUCACGUCGAACAGCAUCCUGGAGUGGAAGCUUUGGUGAUGCUUUUAGCCCUCCGGCUAGGGCUGAAGCAAGGCCUCUAGGGGAGGUAUUGGGUAUUCCCCCAUCGUCUUUUAUGCCUAGUGGCCCCUUUUUAGCACACUCAUCAAUGAAUGGUGGCAAUUUUGGGGAUGACCUUCAGGAAGUGGAACUUUGAGGGAAUAGGUAUGUAAAUAUCAGGUUUUGCUUCUCCUUACAAUUUCCCAUUACUUGGUUCAAUCUUGCUCCUAAUCUCCCCAUGCAAAGGGCCAUAAGCAGCGGUAGGUGACCCAAGUGCUGUUUUGUCUUUUCUCUAUAUUUUCCAUGUUGAAUGUUGAAAACUAGUUGGCUCUCCUAGUUGUAUACUGUAACUUUUAGAAGUAGGUUUUCAUCUUUUCUGAAAGUUGACAUCAUCUGGUGCCUGAGGAGCCUGGUGUUUACAAUAUAGCAAAGAAGGUGCGCAAGGGCACUGUUGUACAGUUCAUUUGUUCAUUUAUUGAAGAAAGAAACGUCUAAAAGUUCAUUGAAGGUUGUUAAAGGAAAUGCUUUGAAGAAUUUCUUUGGGGUGAUUGGCAAGGAUAGUGUAUGAAGAUGGACGAUAGAUGAUAUCUUUGUUACCUUUCAUUACAGUGCUCCAUGAGUUUAACUUGUGUAACGUGAUCCCUUAACAAAGGGUACGUAGUGAAGCUUGAGCAGCCAGGUCCUGUUGUUUACUCUUCCUGAUGCCACUAGAUUAAUAGGGAGAUUGAAUAAGGUAGGACUCAUUCCCUUUUUGAUUCUUCUGACACUGAAAUGCCUCUUAGGGAUUUUCUUAUAUUUUUUUUUAGGAAAAUUUGGAGGCUGGUCUCC